CCUGCAACUGUGGACAUGAUUCCCCUUUGCCCCUCCCAUAAAUAACAUACUCAUGGAAUUCAAUCAAAAACACCUUCCACAUUUGAACUCUUGCUUAGUUCCACACUCAAAAUCUAUAGUUGAAGACAUUAUUCAAAAGAGUGUUUUAGAGUGAAAAAAAUGGUGAAGUUCUCUAAGCAGUUUGAAGGUCAGCUCAUACCUGAAUGGAAAGAAGCAUUUGUGGAUUACACUUUCCUUAAGAAAGAUCUCAAAAAAAUUCAUCUUAACAACGAUAAUACAAAUAAAAAUCAAAAGAAUUCUUUCUUUUCUCCUUUUAAGAAGCUCUCUUUAUUUGGUCAUCAACAUAGAGAACAUGGAGUCAUACAAGUUCAUAAGAGGCUGGCUUCUUCUGCGAGUAAGGGAGACCUAUACGAAACCGAACUGCUUGAACAAUUUUCGGAUACUGAUGCAGCUAAGGAGUUUUUCUCACGCUUAGAUCAUCAACUUAACAAAGUUAAUCAGUUCUAUAAAGCAAAGGAGAAAGAGUUUAUGGAAAGAGGUGGUUCGUUGGAAAAACAGAUGGAGAUUCUUGUUGAUCUUAAGCAAAAACUUAAACAGCAACGAGGACAACCCGGUUUUUCUCAGGACAUUAAAGAGGAUGCUUCCCUCUCCUGCUGUGAUGAAGAUUCUAUACGGGGAACACUAGACCAAGUUGAGGUCCAAGAUGCUGCAAGUGAUCCGGAGAGAAAAGAAGAGCAGCUAACAGAGUCACCAGCAAAAUCAGGCGAAAUUGCUACACCAAUGAAGAUCAAAAGAGAAGACAGUAAGUCAAGCAGGUCGCUUUCAGGACGUCAUGUGGUUAAUUGCCAGGGAAGAAAUGUACGGAUUAACAUUCCUCUGACAACACCUACUCGGACUCUAUCAGCAAUUGGUGAUUUGGUAUGGGAAGAUUUGGUUGUACCCUCCAAGAAAUGCAGCCCUGCACGAAGUAAGCAGGUACAAGUGAACAAGACCAAAGUUCACCAUGCAGAGAAAAUGAUCAGAGGUGCUUUCGUUGAGCUUUAUAAAGGCCUGGGUUACCUCAAAACUUAUAGGAACUUAAACAUGCUCGCUUUUGUAAAGAUACUGAAGAAAUUUGACAAAGUGACAGAAAAACAAGCUCUAACAAUUUAUCUUAAAGUUGUAGAGAAUUCGUAUUUUAAUACCUCAGAUAAGGUAGUUAAGUUGGCAGAUGAAGUUGAAGAGCUUUUUGUAAAACAUUUCACCGAAGAUGAUCGAAGAAAGGCUAUGAAAUACCUAAAACCUCGUCAUCGAAAAGAAUCCCAUACCGUGACUUUCUUCAUUGGGCUCUUCACCGGAUGCUUCAUUUCACUAUUUGCCGGAUACAUCAUCAUGGCACAUAUUGCUGGAAUGUAUACUCGACGUUCAGACACUGUUUACAUGGAAACGGUCUAUCCGGUUCUAAGUAUGUUCAGCCUGUUGUUUCUACACUUCUUUCUGUAUGGGUGCAACAUCUUUAUGUGGAGAAAAACGCGGAUAAACUACAGCUUCAUCUUCGAAUUAGCUGCAACCAAGGAUCUUAAGUACCGAGAUGUGUUUUUGAUCUGUACCACAUCAAUGACUGCAGUUGUAGGGAUUAUGUUCGUUCAUCUAUCCCUUAUAGCAAAGGGGUAUUCAUCAAGUGUCAUUCGCGCAAUUCCAGGAGUUCUUGUCCUGCUCUUCUUACUGUUGCUAAUGUGCCCAUUCAACAUUGUAUACCGAUCAAGUCGUGUUCGUUUCCUUAGAGUGAUACGAAAUAUAGUAUUGACUCCUCUUUACAAGGUGGUCAUGCUAGAUUUCUUCAUGGCUGAUCAACUUUGUAGUCAAGUGCCAACACUUCGGAACUUGGAGUAUGUAGCCUGUUACUACAUAACUGGGAGCUAUCAAACUCAAGAUUACGGCUUCUGCAUGCGAACCAAAAAUUACCAAGAUCUCGCUUACGCCGUGUCAUUUCUCCCUUACUAUUGGAGAGCAAUGCAGUGUGCUAGGAGAUGGUUCGACGAGGGAGACACUGGUCAUUUGAUCAACUUAGGGAAAUAUGUCUCAGCUAUGCUAGCUGCCGGUGCUAAAGUCGCGUACGAGAAAGAGAAAAGCAUGGGAUGGUUGGCCUUAGUUGUUGUCAUGUCCAGUGCAGCAACUGUAUAUCAGUUGUACUGGGAUUUCGUCAAGGACUGGGGUUUACUUCAGUUUGGCUCCAAAAAUCCUUGGCUAAGAAAUGAACUAAUGCUUCGACGGAAAUCCAUUUACUACUUCUCCAUGGUUCUGAAUCUUGUUCUUAGACUGGCCUGGCUACAAACUGUUCUUCAUUCAAACUUCGGAGGCCUCGACGUCAGAGUAAUGAGUUUCUUUUUAGCUGCACUUGAAGUCAUUCGACGUGGUCAAUGGAACUUUUACAGAUUGGAGAAUGAGCAUCUGAAUAAUGCUGGGAAGUUUAGAGCUGUCAAAUCUGUACCACUACCUUUCCAUGAAGUGGAUGAUCAGGAUUGAUAUUGACAAACAAUCCUGCAUUUUACUAUCCGAAUAGUCUGAUAACCUGAUCAUGAGAAUCGUCGUAUAUUAAUUAGGAAUCGAACAAAUUUUCGCCUCCAUAAUUCAAGUUGACAUAACCAAAAAAAGAAAAAAGUCUUCAAUUUGACCAUGUUAUUAGUGUCGAUCGUUGUUGUUGUUGAUGAUGCAGUUACUUACAGGUAUCUUCAGGGAUAGAUUGAUAGUGUACAUGUAUACCAAAAAGAAAUCCUUCACUGAAGGGAAAAUUAACAUUAAUAAAAUAAAACCUUAAUACA